AUGGCGCCGAAAAAAUCUCAACCAUCUCCAUCUGAGGAGAACAAUGAAGACCUACUCCGCUUCCCGGACCAUAUCAGAGCACUUAUCGCUCCUCUAAAAUUUGCUGCAACCCUAUUGCCCAGCACAAGCUCCGUCGCUAAGGCUACUCUAGGCCCUACCUUCGCGUCUUACUUCCCAGACGAGCUAGCUCUAUACUAUCCCCUUGGUAAUGGUGAGAACCUUCGUCUCAACCAAGCUGGACUCAAGUGGACUAACUGGAAUGUCAGCAAAAACCCACUCAGAGGGUGGAGGUCACCAGACUCUGAUUGGCGAAGCUGGGCCAGGAGAAUUGAAGGUCACGACGCUGAAGUAUGGAAGCACCAGGGCAUUGGUGAAGCAAUUAGACUGUCGACUAAAAUUUAUGACGUGGAGAAAGGGCUGAUUGCUGCUGCUGCAUGCUUUUGGUCGCAGUCUAGUAACUCCCUACUCCUCAAUUUUGGUAUGAUUUCCCCUACCAUCUUAGAUGUAGCUCACUUGACUGGUCUGCCAAUCUUGGGCAAUCCAAUUCAUGCUCUCCUUGAGCCUCCAAAAGUGACAUUUACUUUAAACACUGACAUGUGCUAUACAGAAUUUGCCAAAAAAUACCAAGGCAAGCGUGGUUCCCCUGUCGAUGACAAAGAAAGAACUGCUUUUUACUUACUUUGGCUUUGUGAGUUUCUUUUUUGUGUCCCUGGGUACAAGAUCACGAAAGAAUACCUCCCCCUUGCCUUGUGUAUGCAAGACGGCCAACUUAUGGCUUUAGCCCCUUAUCUUCUUGCCACCCUUUACAAGGCCCUAUUUUCCUUUGUCGACAAGAAGAUUUCUGGCAACUGUGGUGGCCCCUUCUGGCUCUUCCAGGCCUGGUUGUAUGCCUAUUUCCCUGAGGCACGACCCCCACCACCUAACACCUUGAAACCUGUUUGCCACUCCUAUGCUGAGCAACUGCUCACUUAUAACAGCCAUUCAAAACUCACUUUCACAAAUCAUCUUACCAUGUUUUAUAACCUUCCUUCGCAGAGACCUUCCAACCUGUACAUGCCAUUUCAAAACUUUGAAUUCUCCUCCAGUAGACUUCGCUUCCUCUUCACAGACCCUUCUGAUUUACACAAUGAGCAAGUCCAAGAACAAAAUGAGAGUUGGAGACACAUUCUCACCUGUAGACAUGUCUUGGUUGGCUGUUCCAUAUCCUCCGCCAAGCUAUCCAGCUGCAGUUUUGAGACAUACUGUCCCAAUCAAUGGUCCAGGCAAUUUGGUCUUUCCCAGGCUAUCCCUUAUCCUUAUUUCCACCCAACCAUCCAUGAGGAGAUUGGGUCCAGAAUCCACUUGAAAGAUCCUACACAAGCUGAAUCCAUUCUGACAGAGAACACCAAACUUUUCCAAGAUUUUGGCCCCUUCUUCUUCAAACCUGCUUCGGACUGCUCGGCUGCUUUUGACCAUUGGUGGGGACUUAUGUCUGCCAUUAUUUUCUGCAAGCCACUUGAAAGCUGCCUUAACGAUACUUGUAUUCAUAUUCAGGGCCGCAUAUCCUCGCCUUCCAAGCUUAAGGCUACAGCCAAAAUUGGGCCUAUUGCUGAACCAUUGGUUAGGGACCAACGUAAAGGCAAGGAUCCAAUGGAUGCAACUACUCAGACAAACACCCCCUCAGUUCCGAAAUUAAUGGCAGACUCUUUCGCAGCCGCGCAGACACAAGCACAGAGAGGAGCUACCACCCGUACCCCUGCUGAGACAGAGGUCACGGCGAAGAAGAGAGAAGAGCCUUCCACUGCUCCUGCUCUAAGCACAGACCUAAGUGAGUGGGAUAUCCCUCUCAGCCAAAUGGUUGGCGAAACAACAUCAAAUCCUUCAGGGCAGCUCUACCAAAGAAAAAGAAGGAGAUUACUCCUUGCUGCUGCUGAUGAUGACGAUGCUUCCACUUCUCCUCAACACAUUCAUCAAAUUCCCAGUCUAAUCAGCAAUGUACCCAUAGAACCCACUGUACAACCAACUCCACCACCACCUGAAGCAUCGCAACAAACUCCCUUACAACCUGCUUCACAGUCUUUGCCACAGCAAUCCACACAGUCUGCAUCACAACAUCCUUCCACUUCUCUUCAACACAUUGUCCCUUCUAUCUUUAGCCCUCAACCAUCACCAUCCAACCCCUCCAAUUCCCAAACGUCAAACAAAGAAUCUCAGAGGAUUGAAUUUGACAUUUCAAUCAACAGCCAAUCCUCUCCAACAGAUGACAACACAAAAUCCCCUCAACCAGAAGUUCACCACAACCAAGUAACUGGUAUUGUUCUCCAAUUUACAGGGAUGGACGUAAUACAGGACUCAUCUCCACGACCAAUGGGCGAGACAGAACUUGAAGGUCCUCAUGACUUUCCCCUGCUAGCAGAACCAGAGAAACACCCUCAAGGCGCUGAUGCUGCCAUUUCAUCAGUACCAGAAACAACUCGUCCUCAUGCGACAACCACAGCUGAACAAGGCCAACCGUCUGUGUGCACGUUAUCAGGACAGGCCGUCGGUCCAUGCCAGGAUAUUUGGGCCGAAGUUUCUAUUCUUCAACAAGAUCUAGACGAAAUAUCCCCAUUGCCUCAAAGGCUACAUCUGUUUGAUGCUGAAACUCAACAAACCUUAACCACCUUCAUCAACCUCAUUAACACCCCAGUUGAAGAAAUCAUUCUCCACAAACCUGAUGAAACCUUGGCCUGUCUUUCUGCUGUUGUAAACCUCUCCCCUAAUCCUUUCAACCCCAUUCAACUAAAGCAAUUGGCCAAGAUCAUCACAGAAUGGCCAACCCUUUCAGAGAUGGUUCAGACUUGCUCGAAGGAUAUUCAAACCAAUAAGGAUUUCCUAAAUGAAGCCCACACCAUAUCUACUUCACUCAAACUCAGCCAGCAGACCUCUGCAGCCAUUCUACAGCAACACUCAGCACUUGAACUUGAGGAAGCCAAACUCAUGGCAGAACUUGCCUCUGUUCGGCGAAGAAAGGCUCAUCUGCAACAGCAACACGACCAGCUUAAUCAAGAAGCAAGGAUGAUGCUCUCCCAAAUUAGACAUCGUUCUGCAUCCAUUCAGACAACUAAAGCUGAGUUGGACCAAGCCCAAGCCAUGCUGGCAGAUGCUCAACCAGAGUGGGGUGUUCUAGGCGUUCUGUUCCCCAAAUCCUAG